UUGUCGCUCUAAGAGGACGUAUCCGGAAGUCGAUUUUGGCAUUUCCGUAAACAAAAGUUAGUAGCGACCUUAUUCCCGGUGAUGGCGGGAACGGCGCUUAAGCGGCUCAUGGCUGAAUAUAAACAGCUGACACUGAACCCGCCAGAGGGGAUUGUAGCAGGGCCCAUUAAUGAGGAGAACUUUUUUGAAUGGGAGGCCCUAAUCAUGGGUCCUGAAGAUACAUGUUUUGAGUGUGGAGUAUUUCCAGCAAUACUUAGCUUCCCUUUGGAUUAUCCACUUAGCCCUCCAAAAAUGAGGUUUACUUGUGAAAUGUUUCAUCCAAACAUAUAUCCAGAUGGAAGGGUCUGCAUCUCCAUUCUUCAUGCUCCAGGGGAUGAUCCAAUGGGAUAUGAGAGCAGUGCAGAGAGGUGGAGUCCUGUGCAGAGUGUGGAAAAGAUCCUACUGUCUGUCGUAAGCAUGCUGGCAGAACCGAAUGAUGAAAGUGGUGCAAACGUGGAUGCCUCAAAAAUGUGGAGAGAUGAUCGUGAGCAGUUUAACAAGAUUGCUCGGCAAACUGUGCAGAAAUCCUUGAGUCUGUGAAGAAACCUUUCAGUAUUGCACAAAGGAGAUGAUUCGUUAUGUCGUAUUACUAUUAAACAGACGUUGAAAGCCAACUUCUCAAUGCUAGAGUAAUUAAAACAUCAUUUUCACAAUGACCGAUGAGACAAAGGUUCUCCAUGGCAACGGCCAAUUUAAUUGCUCAAUUAUUUUCAAGUAUCUGAGUGAUGUUUUUAUCUUAGCUGAAUGAAGGAUUGUUUUUGAUACAACUCUCAGCCACUGUGUAUCACAACCUAGAGAUACAAUUGGUCCUCUGUGAACAUACAUUUAGUACCAGGACUUUGGUUCCUUGGUUCCGCAUUUGCUACUUCAUAUGACAAUUAAAGUAUUGAACAGUAUUUCGUACACCAGACAUUAUUUCUUUUGGGUAGAAAGUUUUGCUAAUUAAACUCAUAAUGGAUGUCAAGUUUGCUAUUGGUGGCCCUGCCAACUACCGUGUACUGCAUGGAAGACGUAGAGUUCUAGCUAGCUAAUGACAAUGCAUUAAGAAGCUUGUGUACGAGCAUAACCUGGUCUGCACAAUAAUUUUUAUGUAUAUGCUUCCUGCAAAGUACUGCUAGACCGUUUGGCAAAUCAUUCAGAAAACACAUUACUAAAGUUGCAUUUUUAUAUGGUUUCUAUAAGCGCAUAUAAUGCUUCUGCUUUGUAGUUCAUACAAAUGUUUUAUUUCAGCAUUCAAAGUUUGUUACUCAAUUGCCAAAAAUAAAUCUUCAGCACAU